ACAAUCUCACUGCUGAGACAGAAAGCAACACAACCAACACAGAAGACAACAGACACUUUAACAAUGUUUCAUCUCGCAACAAGAGGACUCACCACUAAAAACACAGUGAAGAUGCUGUGCUCUCAUGGAUUCCAGUCUGCCCUCAGUCCAUACAGGCAAUUCUACUGGCCUGUACGCAGUCUGUGGCCAGAGGUAAAACCUCUGAUCUAUCAGGACGAUCUACUGCAGAGAAACCUCCAGGAGAUGCACAGAAGUCUGGAACUGAUGCAUAAACUUCAAUACAAGAUCCUGGAGGAGAUGGAGCCUUUUCAAACCAGUGUGGCUACACAACCAGUCUCCUACCAGCUGGAGAAGAAGGGAGAGCACUUUGUCCUCACCCUGGACACUCAAGGCUUUUCCCCAGAGGAGCUGUCUGUCAAACAGGUGGGAAACAAGCUGAGAGUCAGCGGGAAGACUGAGAAGAAGCAGGAGGACGGGAAAGGCUCCUACUCUUACAGACGCCGGGAGUUCAGACAGGAGUUUGAUCUGCCUAAAGGGCUGAAUCCUGAGACCAUCAGCUGCUACCUGGCUCCAGACGGGAAGCUCCACAUCCAGGCAGCCAAAGCUCUGUGUGUUGAGGAGGCUGAGAGAGAGCUGACUAUCAAGAGGAGCUUGGAGGAGAAAACACAGCAGAGUCCGAGUUCACAGCCAGAAGACAGCAGCACAGAGACAGACAACAGCACACAGGACAAACCUAAAGACAUGCACUGAUCUAUAUAUGAUGUGCCAAUGUGUGGUUUUUAUAAAUGUUGUGAUUGAUGAUCAUAUCUAUUUUUAUAACUGGGUAUGAUCAAUAAAUGUAAAAAGAACAAAUUUUCUGAUUAUAUAAAGACAGAGGAGCAAAAUAUGAAAAACAUGAUUUCACUCCUUCUGAAGAUUAAAAUGAUGAAAAUCAAUAAAAAUGACUCUUCA